ACGAUCUGAGACUAUUGGCAACCUGCGGACAAGUGAUGCGGAACUCGGUGUCAUUCGUGGCUCUUUUCGUGAUGAUCGAGACGGCGGUAUCAAAGCCGUUAUGGACGACUUUAAUCGACAAUAAUUACUUACACUCCAUGCCUGAAAUCAAUGCACAACCGCAAUAUUUCACCGCGUAUCAAAAUACGCAUUCUCCGUACUAUAUUUAUAAUGUUCACACAAAUGCGGGAGGCAUCCCGGGUUACAAUUUCUACUACGGAACGCCGAUUUACGAUUAUCGGAUUCCGUUAAGUCCGUUGAGCCCGAUUUAUCCUGUAUUGACACCGUCGCAACCAGGACUUCCUCCUAGACCGCUACUUCCACCAACAUCGACACAACCUUCCGAGGAGGACGAUUACGAUGGCAUUGAAAAAUUAGAUAUGAAAGUUGAUCCGAACGAAGGAACAAAGAAACCGGAAAAUAAUGAGAACGAUUCCAUAGUUGUGGACGCAAUAUAAGUUACUUUUUUCUCGUCACGUAACGCGCAUAAACGUGGGAAGAAUAUAUAUUUAAAUAA